UUUGCAACAAGAAACCGUGUUUUUCAAUUUUCACGUGGAGGAAAUGAGAUUUACUCGGAAACGAGUUGAGUCGGAGUCGGAGUCCGAGUCGAGUGGAUUUGGGGUUAGGUAACAGAAACAUUGAGACCUAGCUUGUACAGAUCAGCAACAACCGACUUUUUGAAAAACGAAAUUUUCUCAACUUCCUAAAUUAACCUCACUUUUUAUUUUAUUUUAAUUUAUACUAAUAAAUCUUUCUUUCUCUUCUUCUUCUUCCUCUCAAUUUCUGAGUUCUUCUAUCUUUGUCUCCACCAAACCCUUUUUCUCUUCAUUUUUUCGCCCUUAACAACCUUCAAGUCGAUCGUUGAAUCUUCGUUCUCCUUUUUCACCGUCCACAAAGGAAUAACAAUCGAUUAAACAUGGAGAGAGUCGUCGGUGGAAAGUUUAAGAUUGGUCGCAAAAUCGGAAGUGGCUCAUUCGGUGAAAUUUAUAUCGCGUCAAAUAUGGAUAACUCUGAGAUCGUUGCCGUUAAGAUGGAAAACAGGAAAACAAGACAUCCACAACUAUUGUAUGAGGCUAAAUUAUACAGUAUUCUUCAAGGAGAUAGUGGUAUUCCAAGUAUGAAAUGGUGCGGUACUGAUGGAGACGAUAAUAUUCUGGUUAUGGAUCUUCUAGGACGUAGUCUGGAGGACCUUUUUGUCUUUUGUGGGAUGAAGUUUUCUUUAAGAACAGUUUUGAUGCUGGCCGACCAGAUGCUUUCGAGAAUAGAGUAUUUACAUUCCAAGGGAUUUUUGCAUAGAGACAUCAAACCGGAUAACUUCCUAAUGGGUCUUAGGAAAAAAGCAAGUCAGGUUUAUAUUAUUGAUUUUGGACUAGGAAAAAGAUAUCGGGACCCCAAAACAAACACACAUAUUCCUUACAGAGAGAAUAAAAAUUUAACAGGGACUGCACGUUAUGCAAGUUGCAAUACUCACUUAGGAAUUGAGCAAAGUCGUCGUGAUGAUUUGGAGUCUAUUGGCUAUGUUCUUAUGUACUUCUUAAGAGGAAGCCUUCCUUGGCAGGGUCUGAAAGCUGUCGACAAAAAGGAAAAGUAUGAUAAGAUUCGUGAGAAGAAGUUAUCAACUCCCUUUGAGACGCUUUGCAAGUCAUAUCCCGUGGAGUUCGCUGCUUACUUUCACUAUUGUCGCUCUUUGACAUUUGAUCAAGAUCCAGAUUAUGGAUUCUUAAAGCGUCUGUUUCGUGAUUUGUUCACUCGUGAAGGAUAUGAGUAUGACCAUUUAUUUGACUGGACCAUCCUAAAACAUCAGCAAACGCAACAGACAAGGAGACAAAAUCAAUCAUCACCUUCAGAUGCUGUGCCUAGCAGUCUAGAACCAGUGGUUAUGGAAAAGCAUUCAGGAGUAAAUAAUUCACCUCAAAUUACUGUAACAAAACUGCUAAGCAAUCUGGAUCGCCGUAUGCAGCCUAAGCCAUCCAAUGUUAAGAACAUGAAUGCCAAGAAUCAUACCGAAAAACAUACUGUAAACAAUGGCCCAUCCACUUCAUCUGCCAUGCCCAAAUCAACUGCAGAAAAUGUCUCCAAGCCUGACAGGCCCACAGGAACCUCAAACCUAGGUCGUGUAUUUGGGGGUAACUCCCAUGUUUCAAGCAGCUGGAUUCCUUCAUUACGUCGAAUUUCUUCAGCCAAAUAGUGACAGUAUUUUGGAGGAGUCACUUAGAGCUUCUUUUUAAUUUUACUAUUGCUAAUGUCAUGCCGCUCAAUUCACCAGAGGAACAGUAAACUGUAAUUACGAUCAAGAUUCUUUGACAUGAUUAACUUCCUUCACAUGGCACCGUCCUACCAAAUGUAAUGGAUGGUCCCACUUUAAGAGUUGGAAAGAUGGAAACUACCUAAGUUUAACAUUUUGAAGAACGGGGUAAGCUGAUGUUUGUCAACACGAGGCUCAAGGUUGGUUGUAGACCUUAAAAUGUGAGACACAGUUUGGCUGGUUUAUAUUUUCUCUAUAACUGUGAUAAGUCAAACGUGCAUGAAUGAGGAGAAGCCACAAUCCCUUUUGGCCUAGUCAUUAUUUAAUUGCCUUUUGUUUUUCUUUCAAGCAUUUAGCACACAAAUUCGGUUGUCUUUUCUACUGUACAGUUAGGUUUGCUAGCAUACAAUUUGAUUGUACGUACCUGUUUCCUAACAAGUAAAUUAUUCACCAAUCAAUCCAAUUCAAAGUUUUAUGAAGUGAUAAUUUUGUUGACUUUGA